CAGACGGCGCUGGCCGGCGGGUGUGAGCGCGGAGCGGGGCCUGGGCAGCGGCGGGACCGUAGGACCUCGAGCUGCGUUCGCGCGCUCCGGGGCGGGGGCGGCGGCGGCGAAGCCCCCUCCCCGGGGAGGCGGGGCCUGGGCGAGCUCCCCAGAGAGGGAGCGGCGGCGGCAGGGAAGGAUGCAUCAGAAGCUACUGAAGAGCGCGCAUUACAUAGAGCUGGGCAGCUACCAGUACUGGCCGGUCCUGGUGCCCCGCGGCAUCCGCCUCUACACCUACGAGCAGAUCCCUGUGUCCCUCAAGGACAACCCGUACAUCACCGACGGCUACCGGGCCUACCUGCCCUCCAGGCUGUGUAUCAAAAGUUUGUUUAUUUUAUCUAAUGAGACAGUAAACAUCUGGAGUCAUUUGCUGGGUUUUUUUCUCUUCUUUACCCUGGGAAUAUAUGAUAUGACAUCAGUGUUACCUUCGGCAAGUGCGUCCAGAGAAGAUUUUGUAAUUUGUUCUAUUUGUCUUUUCUGCUUCCAGGUCUGUAUGCUUUGCUCUGUGGGCUAUCAUCUUUUUUCCUGCCAUCGAUCAGAAAAAACCUGUCGAAGAUGGAUGGCAUUAGAUUAUGCAGGAAUUUCUAUUGGAAUACUGGGAUGCUAUGUCUCUGGGGUAUUUUAUGCAUUUUAUUGUAAUAACUAUUGGCGUCAAGUGUACUUGAUCACAGUGCUCGCUAUGAUCCUGGCAGUGUUCUUUGCGCAGAUCCAUCCCAAUUACCUCACGCAGCAGUGGCAGAGGCUCCGCUCCAUCAUCUUCUGUUCUGUUUCGGGAUACGGAGUGAUCCCUACCCUUCACUGGGUUUGGCUCAAUGGAGGAGUUGGUGCUCCUAUUGUACAGGACUUUGCACCCCGUGUAAUUGUGAUGUAUGUGAUUGCUCUUCUUGCUUUCCUAUUCUACAUUUCCAAAGUUCCAGAACGGUACUUUCCAGGACAACUAAACUACCUCGGAUCAAGCCACCAGAUAUGGCAUAUCCUUGCAGUAGUGAUGUUAUAUUGGUGGCAUCAGUCAACAGUGUAUGUCAUGCAGUACAGGCAUAGCAAGCCUUGCCCUGACCAUGUUUCACAUUUGUGAAUUCAGGUAUGGCCGCCUGGUGUAUUCAGUCGUCAAGCAAUAUGUAAUGGGGAGUUGUAUACCCCACUAUUUCUAAGAUUCACAUUCGUUUUUCCUUUUUCCUCCUAUUUAAUAUAUCAUGAGUAAUACUUUAUAAAAAU